GCGCCGCGAAACCGCGCUCACACCUCGGCAAAAAACCCAGUUUUGCCCCAAGCUGCCAACACUCGCAGCUCGUAUAGCUGCGAAGACGCCGUCGCCGCGCCGUCCCCGAGCCUCAGACCAAAAAGAUGGCCGCAGAAGCCCCCAUCGCCGCGCAGCCGAUGGAAGGCGACGCGACAUUAGCGCACACGACGUUCACGCCCAUCCAAGAACAGCGCCCAUCCCCGGCGUCCGAGGACCAGGGCUGCGCGAACAAUUGUCUGAUCUCCACGGCGCUGGCGGGCAUCCUCUGCUCGAAGCGGUGCGACGUGGGAAGGGUCGUCGCGGAUUUUGCGUUUUUCCCCCCGGACCCUCCAACUUAUUCGGUACCGACAGAAGACGACGACAUACAACGCAUCGACUUCAACUACCGGGAAUUGGAUUGUGACCCGGCGUACGCGUCCUUGCGACGGACGGACGGUGUUGCGGGGCGGUGUUCCGGCCGGUUGCUCACGACGAAGCGAGGAUCGCGGACGCCGUGUUUUUAUUUUGCUAGACCUGGGGCAGAUGCUUGUUUGCUCUACCUACAUGCGAAUGCUACCGAUUGCGGCGCGAUGCUGCCGACCUAUGCGGCCUUUUCUCGUCGAUUGGAUGUCCACGUCCUCGCCGGCGAGUAUUCGGGGUAUGGCCCGGCGACGAAGUCCGCGACGCCUCGGAACGUGGAAGCCGACGCCGAGGCUUUAUAUGAUGAGGCUCUGCGGUUGGGGUUUGCGGCAGAUCAGUUGAUACUGUACGGCCAGUCCGUCGGGAGCGGACCGGCGUGCUAUUUGGCGGCCCGUAGACCAUGUAGAGGAGUGGUCCUCCACUCCCCAAUAGCGUCGGGCAUUAGAGCAUUGGUGGCCCCGGGCUGCUGCUCGCCGGUCUAUGUGUACGGGUGUCUGGACCCCUUCAACAACGCGCGCGAGGCGAAAAGGAUUAAAGCGCCCGUCUACGUCGUCCACGGCACGAGAGAUGAUGAAGUGCCCAUCGAGCACGGCAAGAUGAUCGUCGCGAACGCUCAGCAGGCGCACGAGCCCUUCUGGGUCGCGGGCGCCGGGCACAACGACCUGUUGGAGGUCGCCGGUGAUGCUUUUUUUGUGAGAUUGAAGGCGUUCUUGCUCGCGGUUGGUAAAAAGGACGACUUCGCCGUCGGCACGCGGCAACGACGGCGUAUUACUGGAUUGACGGCGCGGCCGGAGCUCAACGGGGCGCUCGUCGACGUCGUGACGGUCGAGUCGGCGCAGCGCGUCCGCGUGCGCCUCGUGGCGGAGCCUCAUACGGAGUUCGCGGUCAAGCGGGAGAACCUCGAGGACGUCGCCGGUGGCUCCUGA